AAAAGCUGCCGGGCGGCAGAGCGCCUUUAAACGCAAAGUGGUCGGAACCGCCGGAGCAGCAAAUGACAGCUCCUGCUCUGAAGCAGGCGAGCAAAGGAGGCAAAUGAAGCUCCUAAUGAGCACGCCGGAUACCGGUGGUGAUUUGCGUGGGCUUUAUUUAGGUGGCUGCGAACUGUUCGAGGGCGAGUGAACGUUACCAGAGGGAAGCGAUGAAAUAGGGAGGCGGGCGGGCGGCCGGAGUGGAUGUGCUACAUUGCCAUGGCGAGGGGACUGCUUCCCUGGGCCUCCCUGAGGAAGAUCUGCGGCAGUCACUACUACAUCCAGCAACCUGUCUGGUUUCACUACCUGAUGUGCCAAUAUAUUCCAGUACUCAAUAUGACAAAGGCCCGCUUGCCAUGUGUACGUGUCAAGUAUCUCUUCUUCUCGUGGCUUGCUGUGUUUGUUGGGAGCUGGGUGGUGUACGUACAAUACUCCGCUUACACAGAAUUGUGCCGAGCUCACGAUUGCAAGAAAAUAAUUUGUGAUAAAUACCAGAAAGGAAUUAUUGAUGGAUCAGCAUGUGGCAGUCUGUGUGAUAAAGAUACACUUUACUUUGGCAAGUGCCUGUCUAAUAAGCCGAACAAUCAGGUAUAUAAAGGAGUAUGGGAUGAGUCACAGAUAGUAUUAAAGUGUAAGCUUGAAGAACUUCUCCACUUUGAUUUAGAUUCUAACAUGGAACCAAGGAAGGAGAUGAACUUAUUUGACCAGCCAACUAAGGGCACUUCCAUGGAGGAGUUUCGAAAAAUGGUUUACAAUCUCUUGAAGGCAAAGCUCGGUGAUCAGGCAAAUCUUCAGGAAUUACUAAAAUUGGUUGUCACCGUAGCAGAUGGAAAUAAAGAUGGCCACAUCUCUCUUGCAGAAGCAAAAUCUACUUGGGCAUUGCUUCAGCUUAAUGAGUUUCUGAUUACAGUAAUUCUACAAGACAAAGAACACACACCAAAAUUACUUGGAUUCUGUGGAGAUCUUUAUGUAACAGAAAAAGUCCACUACAGUUAUCUCUAUGGUCUCACUAUUCCUUGGGUUUUGGAAUUUUUCAUUCCCUCUGGUUUGAGGCGCAGUAUGGAUCAAUGGUUUACUCCUUCUUGGCCCAGAAAAGCGAAGAUUGCAAUAGGACUUUUAGAAUUUGUUGAGGAUGUUUUCCAUGGAACAUAUGGCAAUUUCCUUAUGUGUGACCUGAAUGCAAAUAAUGUUGGUUAUAAUACUAAGCAUGACUUAAAAAUGAUAGAUAUGAGAAAAAUUGUACCAGAGGUUAGUUUUAGACAACUUAUUGGUGGUCGCCACUGCGAGACUGAUGUAGAUUGUGUCUAUGGCACAGACUGCAGGACAACAUGUCAUCAAAGCAAAAAGCAAUGCACCACUGAAUUAGAUCAGCCAAACCUGACUAAGGUCUGCACAUUGUUGAAAGAUUACCUUUUAAAUGGUGCUCCUUCGGAUGUGAGAGAAGAACUGGAGAAGCAGCUUUACUCCUGCAUAGCCCUCCGAGGAACUGCCAGCCAAAUGGAAAUGGAACACUCCUUAAUAUUGAACAACCUAAAGACAUUGCUGUGGAAAAAGAUUUCUCAUACAAAAGAUUCCUAAACACUCCUGGAAGAACAGAAUUCUACAGUAUCAAUUGAAUAUCAUUGAGGGAAGAAACCAUUUUUUGUGAAGGUUUUGUUUUUAGUUUGCCCAUUGAGCACAUUAAAUCAUAUUGCUUAUAAAAUUAAAGGGAAAACCACUAGAGAUUUUUAUUUAAUUUAAUGGUUGUAAAUUUGGCUGAUUUUCUUUUAGAGGGUGGAAACAAAAACCUGUAUUGCAGCAUGAUGACUUUUGUAUGGUUUUUAACCACAGUUUGUAGCAUGACUAUUAAAUCAACUCAAGAUCUUGCUCAGCCUUAGUUAUGUUGAUGCUAAACUGGAAAAAAUACUAAAUCUAUGGACUACUUCUUCUAUGGUAGACAAUUUUUAAAUGUGUCUAAAUUGCAAUGGAAUAUGAAUGCAAUUUAUUUUUAAAUUGUUAAUUGAGCACUUUAUAUUCGUAUAUUCACUUCAUGAAAUCCUGUGUGAUGAGGGUACAGUAUUUAAGAAAUGUUUGUGUCCAUAAAUGGCCAUUAAUUUUUUUAGGUCAUUUGUUCAAAAGGUAAUUUUUUUGCAUUAAAGUAAUUUUUAAAAACUCAUUACAUGAUUACAUUUUUUUAACGUAAGUGUAAUAUGUAUUAACUUCCAUUCUCAUUUUCACUUAACCUUCCUUUUUAUAAUGCAGUUUGU